AUUGCUGAGCAAACGUACCCUAUCUUUGUGGCUCAGGUUCAAGAUGGAGACAUCAACGGAACAUCUUCUGGCUUUGAAAGUCAUGAGAUUGACAAAGCCUUCCUUGCAUGUGUCAAUUCCUGUGGCAACAGAAAAGCAUAAUUUACCAGGAACUACUUUUUCUGAUGCAUUUAAAAAAGAUCUUGGAACUGCAAGGGGAUUAGAAAAUUUUGCAUUGGGUGAAUUGCUAGUUUUGCCUCAAACAUUUGGAAAUAUUUUUCUUGGUGAAACAUUCUCAAGCUAUAUUUGUGUUCAUAAUGAUAGUAAUCAAGUAGCCAAAGACAUCGUAAUAAAAACUGACUUGCAGACGUCAUCUCAAAGACUAACAUUGUUAAGCUUAACAAGCAAUGAACCUGUCGUAAAAUUAGAUCCAUCAAAAAGUAUUGAUCAGGUCAUUCAACAUGAGGUCAAAGAACUAGGAACACAUAUCCUGGUGUGUGCUGUUAGCUACACUGCCCCAAAUGGUGAGAAGAUGUAUUUUCGGAAGUUCUUUAAAUUUCAGGUUCUCAAACCGCUUGACGUGAAAACAAAAUUUUAUCCGGAGGAAGAUGAGAUGUACCUGGAGGCUCAAGUUCAAAACAUCACAACAAUCCCUCUGACAAUGGAAUCGGUGAAAUUUGAGCCGUCGCUGCAUUAUACUGCUGAAGAUUUAAAUGACACGUCGAGUAAUUUUCAUCUUGGUAAAAGUUUUUGUCUCAACCCAAAUGACACUCAUCAAUACUUGUACAGAAUCAAGACAAAGUUUUCGCCGACAAUGCAAGAGAAAGUUAAAGCGCCAUCGUCAGCUGUUGGUAAACUAGAUAUAGUUUGGAGGUCAGCCAUGGGGGAGAAGGGAAGACUACAGACAAGUCAAUUACAGAAAGCGCCAUCCACUGCCCCUGAAUUGAAACUCCAGAUCACGAAACUGCCAGACAAUGUUGCUGUAGAAGAAAAAUUCGAAUUAACUUGUAACUUACAGAAUAUGAGUGAAAGAAAAGUUGACUGUCAACUUUUAAUGACAAAGGCAAAGGAUGGUGGUAUCGUUUGGUGUGGCACGUCAGGAAAGAAACUCGGAAUAUUAACUCCUGGUGCAUCGAUCACGUUAUAUCUUCAACUUCUACCACUAGCCACUGGUUUGCAGACAAUCGGAGGAAUAAGAAUUAUGGAUUGUUUAUCUGCGAAAACAUACGACUUUGAUGAUAUUGCCAAAAUAUUUAUUCACUCUUCGCAACAAUCUCCAUUUGAAGUAUCCUGACUCCACUCACACAGAGCAACUAGUAAGUGAAAAACUAGAGGCUCGUAAUCUCGCAACAAUUUAAUUGAAAGAAAUGAUUGUCCAGCCUUGUUGACCGAGUAAAGCCAUGAAAAUGAAUACGAAAUAAUGAGCUUAUAGUGUUUGAAAAUUGAAAUGAAACGAUUUAUCUUGCGAUAUGCCAUUGAAUGCGUAUGCGCGGGCUUAAAAUAUUUAAAAAAUAUUUAGUGUUUUUUU